AUCCUGAAUCUCACACUGGAGAUUAUCUAUCUGCUGACUGGAGAGGGCUACGUCAUCCCUAAGAAGAAGAGCCCAACUGUGGGUUUGGGGGCCCUGCAUGCCCCUGGCUCCGUCAUACAGAAGGAAAAUGACAAGAAGAUCCUGGAACUCAUCUCCAACAUCAUCCAGCUGCUGACUGGAGAGGUUGCCAUAAGGUGUGAGGAUGUUUCCAUCUAUUUUUCCUUGGAGGAGUGGGAGUAUAUAAAAGGAAACAAGGCCCUUUACAGGGAAGGGAUAAAGGAGGAGGAGGAGCCUCGGCAGCUCCGCCCACUGGACGGUGAAUAUGAAGAUAAGAGAGAGAUUCCAGCUGAUCUGGGAGGAACAUUAUGUUAUAAUAAUGAGCCAAGCAAGAUUGGGGCUGAAGGAGCAGAUUUUUGUGCCAAUGUAAAUUUGACAACUGCUGAAAUUUCUCCAGUGGAACAGCCCCCACCGGCCAAUGGGAUUAAAGAGGAAGGGGCUUUAUGUGAAGGGGCAAACCAAUCAGAUUGCAGCAUUAAUCCCCUUACAGAACAGAUACAGGGAACAGAUACACCUACUCCUAACACAGAGACGUAUAACUGUUCUGAGUGUCAUAAACAUUAUAUUACUAAGCGCGGCAUUCUCAAGCAUCAGAAAAGUCACGUAGGACCAAAAAAAUUUGUCUGUUCUGUGUGUAAGAAUGAUUUUACGUGUCAUUCACACCUUAUUGUACAUCAGAGAAUUCACACGGGAGAAAAACCGUUCUCUUGUUCUGAAUGUGGGAAAAGUUUUGCUCGUCCAACACAACUCACAGAACAUAAAAGAACUCACACAGGGGAGAAACCCUAUUGCUGUUUCAUGUGUGGAAAAAAGUUUUCGUAUCGCGCACAAUUUAUUACACACAAAAGAAAGCACACAGGAGAGAAAUCAUUCACCUGCUCUCGAUGUGGGGAACAUUUUACAUCUCACUCAGAUCUUAUUGCGCAUCGAACAAGCCACAGAGAAGACAGACCUUUCUCCUGUUCUGAUUGCGGGAAACGGUUUAAGCAACAAUCGCACCUCAAUGUACAUCACAGAAUCCAUACUGGAGAGAGACCUUUUUCUUGUUUCGUAUGUGGGAAAGACUUUAUAGACCUCUCAAGCCUCAAAGUUCAUUUGAGAACUCACACAGAGAAUAAGCACUUCCCAUAUAUCUCAGACUUUCCCACAGAAGAGAGACCGUAUUCUUGUUCUGAGUGUGGGAAAUGUUUCACAGACCUGUUGCUUCUCAGUGCUCACCAGAAAACUCACUCAGUUGAGAAACUAUUUUCAUGUUCGGAAUGUGAGAAAUGUUUCACCUCCCUCUCAGAACUUAAAAUACACGUCAGAGUUCACACAGGAGAGAGACCGUACACUUGUACUGAGUGUGGAAAAUGUUUUAGCCGUCGUGCCCACCUCAACGAACAUCUCAGGGUUCACACAGGAGAGAAACCAUUCACUUGUACUGAAUGUGGGAAAUGUUUUGCACGUCGCUCCCACCUUGGCAUACAUCGUAAGACUCACACAGAAGACAAACUACACUCUUGUACUGAAUGCGGGAAAGGUUUUGCCUAUCUAUCACAACUUACCUUACAUAUCAGAGUUCACACAGGAGAGAAACCAUUCAGUUGUACUGAAUGUGGUAGAAGUUUUGCACGUCGCUCCCACCUUAGCAUACAUCGCAAGGCUCACACAGGGGACAAACUACACUCUUGUGCUGAAUGCGGGAAAGGUUUUGCCUAUCAAUCACAACUUAACAGACAUCUCAGAGUUCACACAGGAGAGAAACCAUUCAGUUGUACUGAAUGUGGGAGAAGUUUUGCGCGUCGUUGCCAGCUUAUUGCCCAUUGCCAAAUACAUACAAGAAAGGAACCAGACACCUGUACUGAACAAUUGUCUGAUAAUACUACGCAGUGAUGAGUGAGUAACAUAUAGUUCUGAUGCUAUCAGUUAUGAUUCCUUUUGAUUAAUAUAGCCUUAAUCUUUAAUAACCUUUUAAUGCAUAUUUUUAUUGUAAGUUUUGCUCUUUGAUAGAGAAUUAUAUUUGCAGUUUUACAUUCA